CUGGAUCUGGGGAAUAUAUGUGUAUUCCACACCAGAAAAGUGGCAUUUUAUUUAUUUAUUUUUCCAGGAGUUGCAGAGGAGGCGCACAGCUGCUCCUGGACUCCUGAAUAGAAUGAAGACCAUUCUGGUUCCCUCGCUGCUGGGUGUGGCUGCGUCUAUUCUUCACGUUUUUGCCCUUGAAGAUCCACCUGUACUCAUUGUGUCUAUGUGGCCUCCGGGAUCAGAAGUCUACAUUGGCGAGAGUGUAUUUCUUCACUGCAGAAUGGCAUCCAAUUCCUCUUUUGGAUGGACCUACCUCUGGUACCGGGACACACCCCACACCGCCUCCACUCCAAACCUCAGACACUCGGUCUCCGGGGACAGCUAUUCCAUCACGGCGGUAAAAGAGGAGGAUGCAGGCAGUUAUUGGUGCAAAGCAGAACAGCCAGAGAGCAACGUCACAGCUGAGGGGCAGGUUGAGCUCAAAGUGUCGGAAGAGGCCCCUCCCUCACUGACUCUGACUCCUAACACCAGGCACAUCUUCAAAGGGGAAAACCUUUCUGUGCAGUGCCCCACAUCUCCCACAGGCUGGGAGCUGAAGCAUCUUCCUGCAGUCCAUCGUAACAGUACCACGGUAAAUCAGAGAACACCGUGUCCUCCACCAGGAGGGGCUGUUUGCACAGAAAAGUCUGGCGUCUGGCUCCUCACAGCCAGCAGCGGGAGCAGUGGACUGUACUGGUGUGAAGGUGCUGGGGGUCGCAGUAAUGCUGUUAACAUCACAGUGACCUAUGGCAGCAUCCUCCUGAAGACUCCGGCCUUGCCUGUACCCGAGGGGGGUGAAGUGGUUUUGUUCUGUCAGUUCAGAACAGAAAAUCAAACUCAAGCGACAUUUUUCAGGGACGGAAUAGAAAUCGGGACUUUCAAUUCUUCCAGCUCAGAUGGAGCUGUAACUCUCACCAUUGGGGAGGUGAAAAUAACAGAUGAAGGAUCCUACAAGUGUUCGUGUUCAGACAGGAAGAUGGAGAGUUCAGAGAGCUGGCUGUCGGUGUCACCUGACCGAGGUAGCUGGAAAUGGUUUGCCGUGUCCUCCAUCAUAGUGCUUCUGCUUCUCAUUCCUCUCAUAGUUUGGAUAAUUUACCGUAAGAGGCAGCAGAUGGUUUUCUGUCGGAGCUGCUGGCCGCUCACGAAAGGCGUUGUCCCAUCAGUGCCUCUGCCUGAGACCAAGCAGGAUGUGACAGAAGUGCAGUGGGACCUGUCCUGGAUGGAGAUGACCACUCUGAUGGACAAGCAGAUCUAUCCCGGCUCUUAAGGGAGCUGGCCUGUUCGUGCUGACAAUAAACAGUCCGACCGAUCUGUCCGACUGUUUUAUCCUC